AUGGAGAAAAGAAACCAAGCAAAUGGACACCUUCCAUUCGAAUUCAAUGAUUCAGAGCAACUUGGACCUUGGGAAAUUCUUCUUAGUGAAAGCACGAUCGAAGACAUACGGGACAUGUUGUAUAAUGAAGACUUCAAAGACAUGCAAAUUGAGUUAUCUCUCACUAUUGAAACUAUCAUAAAAAAACUUAGGCAAAUAUCAUCCGGAAAAUGGAAAAAGUAUGGUUUCCAACGUAUAGAGUUAUCUAUCGAUAUUUCCAUCUACGAAGUUUGGGCCAUAACUGCAAGCCAAGAACAGAUUGACAAGACAUUAAAUACUCUUGAAAAAGUUUAUAAGGCCUACACUUCCGAACAUAUUAAUCUUUGCAAAAUCAAAGACCAAGACAAUAUCGUUUUACCGGAAUAUUUUGAAGAUUAUGAGGUUGAGGUUGCAAGGUUCACCAACGAAGAGUUGGAUAACGAGUUACUAUUAGAAGUUUAUAAAAUAUUUGUUACAAAUAAAUUUUUUCCAAUAUCAAGGAAUUUAUUCAAGUCACUCAUCUUAAGUGGCUCUGAUUUCGCUUUUCAAGUAUUCAAGACUGAAAGUACUUCAACCAAUUGCAAAAGUCGACGGCUUGCAGGCGAGAAGAUUACAAAAGCUCAGUUUAUUGAGUGGAAGAAAGAAUACGGUAAUAAAACACUUGAUGAACAUAUUAUGCACGAGGAAGACGAUGAGAAGAAAACUCUAGAGCACAAUGCAAAUAGUGAAAAUGAAGAAGACGAGGAUGUGCUUCACUUUAGGUCUCCUUUUACAAACAUGUCAAAAGCUUCGUGGGCUACCUUUGUUGACUACGAUCUGUUCAAAAAAAAGUAUUGGCGUCAUUUCAACCAUCAUAUUAGAAAUAAUCUAGAUUGCGAGCUGGUCUACUCAGAGUUCUCUAUUAUUAAAGACACGAAUAUUGAGGUAGACUACCUAUCAAGGGAAGAAUACCAGUCUAUUAGUACCAGGAAAUACCCAGCAUUUACUCACAAUCGUGAUGUAAUUUAUAAUUUAUUUGAGCGAUAUGAGAAGAUGAAGGCGCGAAAUUAUGUCUUUGAUUCAGUGGACCGGACUUUAUCUAUAUUACGUGCAACCAAAAUGAGAACAUUUGGUGGUCUGCAUAUACAUGAAGUGUACAUCAAUGAAUGUCAGGAUAACCAGAUCAUAGAUUACAUGCUUAUUUUGAAACUUUUUGACUGUGCUGACAGCUUUUUUAUGGCAGGAGAUGUGAUGCAAUUCCUGACCGAAAACAAUCGAUAUAAUCCCUUAAAACCAGAAAAAUUCGAACUUAAAAUUAAUUACCGUUCCCACAGAGGGAUUCUUCAAUUGGCAUCAUCAGUAAUUCACCUCCUUAAGGAAUUUUUUCCUAAUUCUAUCGACAAACUGUCACCUGAUAUCGGUGAAAUAGGUGGUCCACAACCUAUUAUCUUUGAGAAAUGUCGGGCAAAAGAUCUGUUUACCUAUAGAAACGGUAUCAAUAAUGCGGAUGCAUUUAUUAAAUUUGGAGCUGAUCAAGUCAUUAUAGUACGUAACGAAAAGGCUAAACAGCGUGUGAAGGAUCUAAAUAGCGAUAUUGGAUUAGUUUUAACUGUAUUUGAGGCCAAAGGGAUGGAGUUUAAUGAUGUACUUUUGUAUGAUUUCUUUACCGAUUCACCCGUACAUUUACAUUGGCGGGUAAUUCUCUCCGUCCUGGAUGACUAUUCUGAAGGGAUUCGCGAUUUCAAUUCUGAUAAACAUUAUAUCCUUUUCUCAGAACUCAAACAUCUCUAUGUCGCCAUAACUAGAGCCAGAAAGCGUCUCUGGAUUUUUGAUAAAAAUUCUGAGAAGAUAGUCCAUCAGAAUGGAAUCGCGAAGGAAGGAUGUUUUUUGAGCAACGGAAGUAUGAACAGGAGUGGAAAUGAGACUGGCGAAAAAUUAUCCUAUGUGUACCAUCUUCAACAGAUCGUCAGGAUUUCUUUCAUAACUGAUUCUAAUGCAAUAACAGUGAAGAAUAAUUUCGAAUCAGCCGCUCAUGCUUUUCAAGACUGUUUCCAAUUGCCACAGGCGGCUUCAUGUUAUGAGUAUAUAAACAUGCAUAAAGAAGCUGGUGAACUCUAUUCUGAAUCAAAAAUGUUUGAGCAUGCUGCGCGUUGUUAUCGUAGUGUCAAGAUGUGGCACGAAGCAGGCGGGUAUUAUGUAAAGGCUAAGAACUAUGAUGACGCAGCUCUUGCCUAUAAAGAUGACAGACUUUACGAUAUUUUAACUGAUUUGAUUCAGAGGCACAAACAAGAUAUCAAAGAUGAGACAAUUAUUAAACUCAAUAUCCAUUUUCGCAAAAAGGCAGAAAAACUUUAUUCGCAUUUUCAGUUUGAAGAGGCUGCAGAUAUGCUAAACCAUUCUGUUGAUAACGACGAGAAUUCAAUUGUUGCUUCUCAGUACCUAUUACGCCGAUGCAGAGUCAAUGUACUAAGAGAGAUAAUCACAGGCUCAAGUAUCAUGCAGGAAUUGAAUAGGCUCCAAUCUAAAGCGGCCAAGAUUAUCUCAAAAAUUAUAAUUCAAACUGAACGAUCAAAGAGUUUGAUGGAAGAGUCUUGGUUAUAUAUUUCUUAUAUAAAUAAGGAUCUCAAGAAAGUCCACGAGUGCAGACAAUUUUUCAUGAAGAAAAAAGAGCUUGCCACCGAGUUUUUUGCGUCCCACAAAAAAACGAUGAAAUUCGUGGAUAUAUUUUUCGACUUUGAGAGCAAAAUGCAAAACUCUCAGAAACGGAAAGUUUCGUUUUACAACCCUCUUAAUUACCUUAUACAAAAAAAUGAAGUAAUUACAGAUUGUUGGAUGAUUUGUGAUGUUGAUGAUGUGCAUCAGACAGUUUCCCAGUUCCUUAUCACAUAUAUCUACGAUCGUAUUUUGAAAAUUGGUCAGGAUGGUAAGAAUAACCUGAAUAUAGCCUUGAUAAUCUGCUAUAAUUUUGCAUCAUUUGGUAAUUGUCAAAAUUCAAAUUGCCAAAUGCAUCACGUAAGUCCAACACUGUUACUUCUAUUCCAACGCCAGAAACUUGCAAGACUUCAAUACACUGUGAUGCGACAGUUGGAUGUAUUAUACCGUCACGGAUUUCUUUGUAAAGAAAUUCUUGAUUUACAAAAUUGGUGGGCUGAGAAUCUCGUUAAAUGUCAUUUACGAUAUCAUUCACCGCAUACAAGCUGCCCAGAGGUUACUUAUAUGGCUCUUGCCAAUCUUCCUAUUCACGUUCGUGAUGGUCUUAUAAAUGAAGUUUACAAGACAAUGUUAUUUAAUAAGUCAAAGAAUGCUAACGACUUUGAGGUUAUGUUAAAAUACAUAUUAGUUAUUCAGCAGCUGCAGGACAAAACAGUUAUAGAUGAGUUCUAUUGGGAGAUAUCAAAAACAAAAAUACUUUUACACCCAAACGAUCUAACCGUUGGUUUUGAAUAUUAUUGUGGAAAUUAUCAAGCGAUUCCAAUUGGAAGAUAUCUCUCGCAAUUUUUUUCAUUUCUUUAUAAUAAUAAAUAUUGCGAUUUGUGUCUUCCGCGAGCUUACCUGAUUAAUUAUUUUGAAGCAUUUAAUGCGAAACCGCUCAUUUCAGUUCAUUAUACUUACAGCAGAAAGAACUAUUUGUCUGCAAUCAAUAAUUCAAUCGAUCAAGUUCAACAGCUUCUUGACCUGUUGUUUUGUAAAGAACAGGCUUAUUUGACAAUUAUCCUUCGUCUGAUACGGCUUUUAAUUCUUAUUGGUCUAAAUGAAUCUAAGUUUGUGCAAAAUAUCCUUAAUCUUUUUAAACACAUUAUAAGUAAAUACGAUAUCUUUUCUACAAAAAUCAAGAAAUACUUAAAAGAAGACGAUUUUACAAGUCUCAAGAUCAUUCUACAUAAUGAUCUCAAGGAGAAAUUCUGUGACUCUUUGAUUAUCAUACAUCAUCGAUGCAUAAGCAAAUCGAAAUUUGCUUUCUUCGAAAAAAAUGGUGUCAAAAGACUUACAUAUAACUCUAUUGAGGAAUUCCGUUCUUCCCUUCAAAAGAUAAUAUCCUCCGUUACCGAAAUUCCGGAAGAUAAACUAGCCUUGCUUGAUUCUCUUGUUGAAAGUUAA